AAACGUUCGUAUGUGAAUGUCGUUCACAACUUUCAUUUUGAUAGACCCUCCUCCCCAGCAGCCAAGAAACCUUAAACUUGCAUAAACAACAGUAAACAAACAAGAGUGAAACACAAUCGAGUAAAGCGUAGUAAAGCCAUGGCAUCUGCAAUCCUCAAGCGAACAAGCCCUUCUUGCCUUCUCAAGUCAAUGGCUGAUAGUCUCGGAAUCAUCAGAGGAUCGUGGAGAUCCUACGCUAAGGUUGCAGUCGGGACUGACAUCGUCUCCGCUGCACCCGGCGUUUCCCUCCAAAAAUCCCGGACCUGGGACGAAGGUGUUUCUUCAAAAUUCUCAACAACUCCAUUAAAAGACAUUUUCAAGGGCAAAAAAGUUGUCAUCUUCGGCCUCCCUGGAGCAUACACAGGGGUUUGUUCACAGCAGCAUGUGCCUAGUUACAAAAAUAUAAUUGAUAAGUUCAAGGCUAAAGGGAUUGAUUCUGUCAUUUGUGUGGCUGUUAACGAUCCAUAUACUAUGAAUGCUUGGGCAGAGAAACUUCAAGCUAAAGAUGCUAUUGAAUUUUACGGAGACUUUGAUGGGAGCCUUCACAAGAGCUUGGAAUUAAAUAAAGAUCUCUCUGUUGCUUUGCUAGGGCAUCGCUCUGAAAGAUGGUCUGCUUAUGUGGAAGAUGGAAUGGUGAAGGCUCUAAAUGUAGAGGAAGCUCCAUCCGACUUCAAGGUUUCUGGCGGCGAAGUCAUACUGGGACAGAUCUAAUUUGUCUUUGGUUAUGUUUAUAAUUCACCGGAGCUUUUAUGCCAAGCAUGCCAAUAUAUCAUUUUUGGGUUGAACCUUGGUAAAAUAAUCCAGGUUGUUGCUAUGUAUCAUAUGUUUGAUUCCAGAGUACUCUUGGCUGUUUUGUCUGUGGUGUUGUACUAGAAUUUUUCGUUGGAGGGAAUAAGUUGCGUUUACCCA